AUGGCUCACCCAAUCCUCCCUUUGCCAAAGCCUAGCUCCCGAAACUUAAGGGCUCGGCUACAAGGACUUGUCAAAAAUCCAGCUUGUCAACUUGGGGGACUAGGGAAUGCCCUAUGGCUCCCACUGAGCCUGGAAUGCUCGGUCAUGAUUACACAAAAACUCACAAGUUCCCAACCCAUAAGUUACUUCUUGACCGCGAACUUGGGGGACUACUGUUUACACCACAAUCAACCGAGCAUAUCCAGCCUCAAAUCAACUAGCACCAAGGUAGACACGCCUUCUCUCAUGCCGAAGGAAGACACUCCUCCGAGGUGCCAAGCACCUGCUGAAGCUCCCAAAUUGCCAAAACUACUUUCCAUGACACGUGUCACCAUCACAACGACUUGCAAGAGUCCCACAUCGAAAUUCUAUGCAAACCUCCCACUUUCACCUCCCUAUAAAUAG